AUGGCUCCUGGAAACAUAAUCAUAUUUGGCCCAACCGGUCAAGUCGCGGUGGCGGCGGCUCGGAUGGCGCAGGACAGGGGCGCAAAAGUGUCGUUGGCAAUGCGAGAUACGACGAAGCCAAUUGUCGGUCUUGAUCCCAAACAAGAACAGAGUGCUGGCAUGGAGCGCGUCUAUGCUGACCUGACUCUGCCUGACACUGUCCGGGCUGCAGUUGCUCAGACGGGGGCCAAGCGGGCGUUCCUCUACUGCAUCAUGGGCAAGUCUAUGCGGCCCAGCAUUGAGGCGCUCAAGGAAGCCGGUAUCGAGCUCGUCGUCUUCAACAGCAGCUCGACCAUCCAAGGCGACCCGCAGGCUGUAGAUAUGGCAGCCAACUUCAUUGCCUGGGCUCAUGCACAGGUCGAGAUUGCCCUCGAGGAAGUCUUUGGUGUCCCCAGCUACGUCGUUGUGCGUCCGUCGGCUUUCAUGAGCAACAUCCUCGCUUGGAAGGAGAUGGUGAAGAAGGGCCAGCUGAAACUAGUCUAUCCAGAGGCCGCCGUCUUCAAUUACAUUGCGCCAGAGGAUAUCGGCGCAGUGUGUGGUGCUCUCCUAGCCCAAGGCCCCGAGGUACUGGAGACGAAGGCUGGGCGGAAUGUUGUCUAUCUUUAUGGGCCUAGCCGCAUGUCGCAGCGUGAAGCUGGACAAGAAAUUGGCCGAGCGAUCGACAUUGAUCUCUCCAUCCAGGCUUUGAGUGACAAAGAAGGGGUCCAGUUCUUUGUCGAGAACUUACAUGUCCCCGAACAAGCAGCCACAAAUUUUGUCAACAGAAUGAGAGAAAUGAGCGAGAAGGGCCGUAAUCAGCAUAAGCGGGCGCCUGAAAUUCUUGAAGAAGCGAUUGGCAACAUAGAAAGAUACUCUGGACGGCCGCCUACAACCAUGGCGAAGUGGCUGGAGGGACAGACGGAACACUUCAGAGCUUGA